CAUCGGAAGCGUCUGCAAAUAAUUAUUAAUAUUUUUUUUUAUUAUUAAUUACAUCAUUCUUUUAAGCAAUUUUCUGCAAAAAAAAAAUUUUUUUUUCACCAAAAAAGCUUAAAAAAUAAAAUAAAAAAAAAAUUAAAACACGUCAAGUGUUUUUUGUUAAUUAAAAAAUAUUCAAUAUUUCGGUCUUAAUGUUGAAUACCACACCUCGCAUGCAGUCUCGCCAGGCAAUUUUGUACAUUGUUGUGUUUUUGCACGCCUUCCUGACAGCCUCGGAGUUCUUCUAGAACUCGCUUUACGUGAAAAAGAGACAUUUUUCCACUCCACAAAACCAAAAAAAGUGAUAAUUCGUGAUUUUGUUGUAUUUUUUAAGUGUAACGUGAUUUUUCGAUAUUACUGGUAUUAAUUCUAAGUACAAAAAAGUUGCAAAAAAAGUAAAAUAUAAACAUGACAGCCGACACCUACGCUGGAAAUGCGAAAGCACAAAGCCCGGGCGGCAAGUCGACACUCACGUCCUCGGCAUCCGAUCAAACCUUCGGAUCCGCAUCGUCGGCCGACAAAUUGAUACCUGAACGUGAUAAAUGGGGAAAACCAAUUGAAUUUGUGCUGUCAUGCAUUAAUUAUGCCAUUGGUUUGGGCAAUGUGUGGCGCUUUCCUCAUCUGGUCUACAGAAAUGGCGGCGGAGCCUUUCUCAUCCCGUAUUUCUUGAUGGUGUUCAUCAUCGGUCUUCCAAUUUUCUUCGCCGAACUCGUCGUUGGUCAAUUUGCUGGCAUGGGUCCCAACAAAGCCUACGCUCGAAUGGCUCCCUUCUUCACGGGCUUGGGUUACUGCACUCUUGUCGUCAUCACACUCGUUACAAUCUACUACAUGGUCAUCAUCUCAUGGAUUCUCUUCUACUUGUUCUCAUCAUUUGACGCCGUUCUCGGAUGGGGCUCGUGCGCCCAUUCGUUCAACUCUGACAGAUGCUUCAGUUCGGUAGAGGAAAUGGCGUGCAAGGUAAAUAACACGAACGAUGCCAAUGAUUUGAUUUUUUGGGGCAAAAAAUGUACCGCGAUGAGCGAAAUUUGCGGCAUGAAGGGAUUUUUAGCGCAAAAUGCGAGUUUUUGUCUCAAUGGAACGGAUUUGGUUCCGCUGAAGGAAGUCGUUAAUCGAACGUUGGCGUCAGAGGAGUAUUACAAUGAAUAUCUCUUGGGACUCGGUGACGCCGAUUGGAAUAAUUGGGGCUAUCCGAGAUGGCAACUUGUUCUGUGCUUGGCUCUCGCAUGGACCCUUGCCUUCUUUUGCGUCAUUAAAGGCAUAAAAACAGCUGGAAAGGUGGUUUAUUUUACCUCAUUAUUUCCUUAUGUAAUUCUCACAGUACUGCUGAUUAGGGGUGCCACGUUACCGGGUGCCGUUAAUGGCAUCUGGUUUUACAUUAAACCAGAUUGGAGUAAACUCUUAGAACCUGAUGUUUGGGCAGACUCGGCAUCGCAAGUUUUCUACUCAUUCGGUAUCGGUUGUGGAUCCCUCAUCACCCUCGCAUCCUUCAACAAAUUCAAUAACAAUUCGCAUUUCGAUGCCGUCGCGGUUUCCAUUACAAACGCAUUCACGGCAAUUUUCGCGGGUUUUUCCAUCUUCGCCAUCUUGGGUUUCAUGGCGCACUCCAUGGGCGUCAAUAUCGAAGAUGUCGUUACGCAAGGACCCGGAUUAGCAUUCAUUGCAUAUCCCGAAGCGGUUCUUCUCAUGCCAUUUCCGCAACUAUGGGCUGUUCUCUUUUUCAUUAUGAUGUUCAUAUUGGGCAUCGGAUCUCAAUUUGCCGGCAUUGAGGCAAUCAAUACAGCUGUCAUCGAUCAUUGGCCGCAUUUACGGCGACAUCAAUGGCGGGUUACACUCGGUACCUGUUUAUGUUGCUUCCUCGCCGCUUUGCCGAUGGUCUGCAACGGCGGUAUUUACUUAUUUACAUUGUUUGAUUGGCAUACGGCGUCGUGGGCUGUGCUGCUGAUUGGUUUUGGCGAGAUCGUCAUCAUUUCGUGGGUCUAUGGCAUGGAUCGCAUUUUCGAGAAUUUGUGGGAAAUGGGAAUGAAGCUCGGAAAAUGGCAACGACGUUAUUGGUGGGCCGUUUGGAUGAUCAUUACGCCAAUUUUCUCGCUGGCUGUCUUCAUUUUCACACUGACCGAUAUCGGGGCGACGUCGUACUUGAUUUACUUCGAGCAGUACAUGUUCCCGGCAUGGGCCGAUGCCAUUGGAUGGCUGUUGGGCACCGCAACAUUACUUCCAUUCCCGUUGUGCCUAAUGUACCAAGUCGUCAAAUACAGAAAGAACUUACAUCUUUUGUUCCAUCCAACAUCCAAAUGGAAGGCGCAAGAUGCAUCAAGUGUCAAACCAAUUAUCGGCAUCUCCAUUGACGACAAAGAACUUGGAAGUGAUACAAACAGCAGCACAGACAGCUCCGUAAUACCUUAACUAACUCCUGAACCUGACUGACCAAAUUGUUUUGUCUCUUCAUGAAUUUCGACGACCUGAAUGGAUUUUGUGAGUGAAUGGAUUGAAAAAAUGUCUCACCUCGCUUGAAAGAAAAAAAAUCACAAAAAAUGGGACGAAUCUUAAAAUAUUUUCUUUUGUUUCGUCAAAAACAACUUUUUUUUAAUUUUUUUGUUAGAAACAAACUUUUUUUGGUCGAAAAUGUAAUUUUUAUCACUUUUAAUGUAUAUUUUUACUGUAUGCAUAGAAAGCAACAAAUAGCAGUGUAGCGCGUAAGAGUAUUGUUUAUUUUUUUUAUAUGGAAUAAAUUUUAAUGUAGAAGAGAUGAAAAUAAAGAGAAUGAAAAAUGCCUUUUAAAUGGU